AUGGCCCCGCCGUCCCCCAGCCCGCGGGCCGAGACACCGGAUGCCACUUUGCAUCAUCCGGACAUGCGGUGCUUCCAACUCGUCGACAUCGUGCGCCGCAACAACCGGUUCGCGCCGGCGACGUACGCGCCGUUAGUUGUGGACCAGCGCACCGUGGGUCUCGUGGCCAAGGAGCGCGUCUCGGCCCUUCAACGCUUUCCCGAUGUCUUUAGCGAGGUGACGCCCGACCGCAUUCAACUGCAUCCGCGCUUGGCCCACGAAGCCGCGCGCACAACAGCCAUGAUGGACGUCGCGCGAGCGCUCUUAGCGACUGGCGACAUUGGCGAAAAGUGGAAGCACGAAGACUAUGGCGCCAAGGACGCGGCCGACCAGGUCGUCUUCCGCGUUGACCGAUCGGCGGCUGCAUUCUUUGGGAUCACGCAGUGCGGGUGCCAUCUCAACGGGUACGUCCGGCACGGCCCGCGGCCCGACGACGUGAGCGUCUGGAUGGGUCUCCGCCAUGCGUCGCGCGCCCUUUGGCCUGGCAAAUGGGACUCGAUCGUCGGGGGCGGCCUUCCGCUGGACAUUUCGCCAUGGGACAACAUGCUCAAAGAGGCGAGCGAAGAAGCCAAGUUUGCAGCAAACGACAUUUCGCAUCUCAUGCACAGCGUUGGCGUCAUCUCGUACGUCAACUCGGAGAAAGAAGGCUUGAAGCACAACACGAUGUUUGUGUUUGAUGCAUGCUUGCCAUCGUCGCUCGUGCCACGCAGCGACGGCGACGAGGUCGAGCGCUUUGAGCUCUGGCCCAUCCGGAAGGCGCUUGCGCUCGUCGAGGCGUCGCCCGAGAGCUUCAAGCCCGAUAUUUGCCUUCUCUUGAUCGACUUUGGCCUGCGCCACGGCAUUCUGACGCCCGACAACACGGCAGCGUACACGUCGCUCGUCCACAGUCUCCGCGCCACCCCGCCUUUUUAG